UUGCCACUGCGACGCGAGCCAGUCUACCUCCGACAACGCACGGGGCAGCUCUAAUUGCGUCCACAAAAUCAGUUCAGUGACCCAUUUUCCACCACCACAUCCGCCCCACUUAAAAAGAUGUCCCGUCUCGCAGUCACCAACUUCAACAAACGCACCGGCAGCCCUUUCAAGAGCAAGGAAUCCUCCCCCGAAACCACGAAAGUCGUGCACGAAGAAACACUACAAAAAUCACCCUUCGAAAAACAGAAGGAGAAGCAAAACGACCUGAUUCAGAAAGUCAACAAGAAAACAGCUGAGUACAAGUCAAAUCAACCAAGUUCGGGCGUGUUUACAGAGGUCGUGACUCAUGGAGCGUUUACUACAAAGUCUGCUAAAGAAAAAUCACCACCUGUUGAAAGUGUUAGUCAAGCAAAAACUACAAAUGGAUCCAACGGUACGAAAUCACUUCUAGGCUUUCCUUCAUCAGCAAAUGAUCUAGCCCUUGACGCGAAAACUGACCUCGAGUCGGAUCCGAACAUUUCGAAAGAAGUUAAAGAAAAAGUGAUUGAAAAACUUUUCAAACUCGUUUCGAUGGUUCAGCACACUUAUGAAUCUAAAGUGAGGAUAAUGACAGAAUUUGAAAAAUACAAGGACACGCACAUGAGAAAUGAAUUGAGACGCGAAAAGGAACAUUCGGAACAACUUUACAAAAUUAAUAUGAAUUUUCAAAAUGAGGUUGUCCAAGCCAUACAACGACUUAAAAGUGAGCUGGACAUAAGUAGGAACGUGACGGAUAAUGUGGAAUAAAAUAAUAUUGAUGUGUCUAAGCAUACUUCAGUAGAUUUCAAUACGGAUGACUCGCUGGAGUCUGACAAGAAAAAUAGUGAUGACGAAGUUAAUGAUAAUAGAAAUGAGCAAUCGCAAAAGAAUGAAUCGCAGGUUGAAAAGGUCGUAAAUAAGAUGAAAGGAUUGAGGUACUUGGCAUUAGCAGGCAUAUUCCUCAGUGUUAAAGGUACUCCCAGUUGCUCAUUUCAUAAAGAUCAUCAUUUAUUAUGUGUAUCCGACAAUGACACUGAUUUUGAGCUGAAAAGAGGGCUAGUUUCUGAUAAUAAUGCUACAGAAUCAGUAUCCUUGACAUUCUGUGGACUAUCUUUAUUAAAAUGUAAAGCAUUUUUUGGAUUACCCUCAUUAAAAUCUUUAGAUCUUUCUGCAAAUAGAAUACAAACAUUACAUCCUUGCAUUUUCCAAGGCUUGGACCAACUGACCCACUUGAAUCUGUCAAACAAUAGAUUAGAACAAUUUGCCGGCGCUUUGGAUGCAGUUGGUGAUAUUGAAGUUUUACACUUAAAUGGAAAUAAGCUGAAAACAAUUCCACAUGAAGCUUUCGACAAUUUGUCAAAACUGACUGAACUGAAUUUGGCCAAUAAUGAGUUAAACGGGGCACAGUUAAACCCUCGGAUGUUUGAACGCACAAAGCGAUUGACACACCUAAAUUUGACCAGAAAUGAUCUAUCGGGAGUAUCAGAAAUGCUAUUAAGUGGACUACAGUCACUGCAGGUAUUGAUUCUCGACCGCUGUUUCUUAACUGAAGUGCCUUCAUUUGCGACAAGAGAAAACCUAAAGACAGUGAAGCAUUUGUCACUGAAUACCAACUUAAUAAGUAACCUCAAUAGCCCCACGACUUUUGUAAACCUGGACGAUUUGGAAAUAUUGGAUUUAAACGGGAAUGCCAUUGAAAGUGUCCAUGAGAAUGUAUUUGCUCCCCUUAAGAAGGUAAAAACGAUAUAUUUGAGACGUAACAGGCUGAUCAAUAUUCCGGACAAGUUGUUCCAGAAUCUGCCGAAGUUGGUAAACGUAGAUCUAGGUUUUAAUGCCAUAGAAAAGAUUCAGACGACUCCAUUCAAGAAUUCUCCGAUGAAAAAUUUGAAUUUGGCUGGGAACAGGCUGUCUUAUUUGCCUGAAAACUUUUGCCAUCAGCUGAUAAACGAAGGAGGUAGACUGACGAAGUUCUUGUUCAGUCACAACCCCUGGCAGUGUGCGUGCUUAAGGGAUAUUAUUGAAGAGGUUAAGGCCUUACAACUCGUGUAUAAUAGAGACAAAUACAGUGGACAUAACGCUGUGUGCGUGAGUGGCCCGCAAUUUACAUGUGUGAGAAACUGAAUAUCUGAUUAGGUUGAUAAAUUCUCUUGUAAGACUGUAGAUGUGUUCAUUAUAAUUGGUUUCAUAAUAAAGUGACUUAAAUCUUCGAAUGUGCAAU